AUGGGUUGGAGCCCAACCAAUGGCACCAACCUUUUGGCUGUGCAAACUGCAAAGGAUCUUCCAAACUAUGCUCAACACACAGUGCCCAUCUUCUCACUCCCCCAAGAAUGGCUAUGGUGCGAGUCAUGGUGUGGUAAUGCGACAAAAUCGAAGGCAAAAACCAUAGAUCUCUGCAAUAAUCCCAUGACAAAGGAACCUAAGCUUCAGGGUGCCAAGAGAAUAGUUGUGGAGUGGCCAGAACUUGACUUGGAAGCAAGACAGUUCACAGCAAAAAUCUUAGGUGAAGAUAUGGAUCCCCAAGAGCAGGUGUCAUCCCCUGUUCAGACAGAAAACCCAAUCGGCGACCUUUCAUCAGAAGACAAGGAAUCGAAGGCAGAGUUGUAA